ACAAGCACAAGCAUUCGAUUAGACUCUUUCCGAAGAGAUAUAUAGACAGACAAGACUCUCUCGAAAGAGAUAUAAAGACAGAGCCACUGCCCCGCUGCUGCUGCUGCUGCUGCUUCUUGUUCUUCCUCUUCUCAAAUUGAAUCAAACGCAGCACACUCGGAGACGCGAGAACAAAGGAAUUCCCAUAACCCCACCUUGAGUUUCUAUCCAUUUUUUCGUGAUCCUCUCUGUCUUGCCUCGCUCAGUCCCCUCAAUUACGGUUCCCACCACAAGGGUCUUGAUAAAGAAGUGAUCUUUCUUUUCGAGUUGCAUAUUAGAAACGUUGGAGCUUUUCAAGAGGCAGAGGUAAUGGAGAGUCGUGGUGGACCAACUUGCUGAAUGUUUUUGGGUGGCAACAACGGUCGCUGUCAAUCAAUGAUUUGUACGUGAACUGGUGGUGCUUGUGCGAGCUCUCUCAUCACUUCCCAGUGUUCCCACUCGAACUAUUCUGGGCUUCUCUUUCUGGUGCUUGAGCUCCUGGGAAGGUAGACCAGAUCUCAGUCAUAUGAGGAGUCACUUUAUUUUGGUGGAUGUACUUGUGCUACUUGCAUUGCUCGUUCCUACUCAAUGGGUUGCUGUGGGAAGUUCACAUUGCAAACGGCAUAAUGAAGAAAGGGUUAGACCUCACAGCGUCACAAUCACUGAAUUUGGAGCCGUCGGAGAUGGCGUCACUCUCAACACAAAGGCAUUUCAGAAUGCCAUCUUCUAUCUUAAUUCAUUUGCGGACAAAGGAGGGGCCAAGCUUUUUGUCCCUGCUGGAAAGUGGUUGACAGGAAGCUUCGACCUCAUCAGCCAUCUCACCCUGUGGCUGGACAAGGGUGCAGUAAUUCUUGGAUCCAUGAACGCGGAGGAUUGGCCCAUUGUUGAUCCCUUACCAUCAUAUGGCCGAGGUAGGGAGUUGCCUGGUGGACGUCAUCGGAGUCUCAUUUUUGGACGCAAUUUAACCGAUGUGGUUAUUACAGGCGAAAAUGGAACUAUUGAUGGUCAAGGCAGCAUGUGGUGGGAACGGUUCAGAAACAAAACCCUUGACUAUACUCGGCCACAUCUAGUUGAGUUGAUGAACUCCACUGGGGUCGUGAUCUCGAACCUCACCUUCUUAAAUUCGCCAUUCUGGACCAUCCAUCCUGUAUAUUGCAGCCAAGUUAUCGUUCAGAAUGUCACCAUACGUGCUCCUCUUGAUUCACCGAACACAGAUGGAAUCGAUCCUGACUCCAGCGAUGAUGUAUGCAUAGAAGACUGUUACAUAAGCACGGGUGAUGAUGUGAUUGCUAUCAAAAGCGGUUGGGAUGAGUACGGCAUAUCAUAUGGUCGUCCUAGUAAAAACAUCAUCAUUCGCCGGCUCAUCGGUGAGACUCGUAGCUCAGGUAUCGCGAUUGGAAGUGAGAUGUCCGGAGGAGUAUCAGACGUCCAUGCAGAGGACAUCGUGUUCUUCAACUCCACCGAUGGCAUUAGAAUAAAAACAUCUCCAGGAAGAGGUGGUUAUGUGAGGAACAUCUUCAUAUCUAAUGUUACAUUGGCUAAUGUGAAUACAGCCAUAAGAUUCACCGGUCUCUAUGGGGAGCACCCAGAUGAAUCUUAUGACCCCAAUGCGCUGCCCAAAGUAGAAAGGAUCACUUUUAAAGACAUCCGCGGGGAGAACAUAACAGUUGCAGGGCUUAUGGAGGGUAUUGAGGGCGAUAGUUUCAUUAAUAUCUGCCUAUACAACAUCACACUCGGCGUAAACUCGAUGUCUCCGUGGAACUGUUCGAAUGUUCAAGGUUACUCCAGUUUAGUUUGCCCUCAGACUUGCGAGCUUCUUGAAGAAAGUAUAUUCCCAGAUCAUUGCACUGAGUGUUACCAUCUAUCAAGUUUUUCGCAGGGACAUAGAAUACGAAACAAAGGUGCUCGGUUGCUAUCUUGGUGGACUUACCUUGAAACAUAGCACAUAUCUUGGAGGCCAAAGCACCUUCUUCAUUGGAAGUCGAAUAUUUGUUGAAGAUUUUUGAAGUUUUGCCAGCUCUUAGAGUGACCGGCCAUUGCCGUUUCCCUGCGACAAUUAAAAAAAAAAAAAUGUGUCCACAACAUCAAAAGCAGAAUUGGGUUGCUGAUGGUUGUUGAACCGUGAGAUGGUAGUGAGAGAUGAUUGUUUUCCUUGUAGCUUGGUGUGCAGUCACAAAUAAUUUUUUUGUGUAAAAUAACAUACUAAAUAUAGAUUGGUUUGUAAUCAUUGUAAAUUUUCUCUUAUUGUAGCU